AUGUCGAGUAAAGAUGCAAAGAACUGUUUUGAAGUAAAGCUCGACGUAUCACGCUAUCAUGCGGAUGAUUUGAAAGUAAAUGUGCACAACCGGGAGCUGAUAAUUUCUGGUCAACACAGUGAACGUCAUGAAAAUGGCAGUACAGUUGAGCGUCAUUUUAUCCGGACUUUUAUCUUACCCAAGAAUGCUAGAGAAGAAGAACUGUCAUCAGAAUUGACCGCUGAAGGUAUACUGAAUGUUUCGGUGCCAAUUGACGAGUUACCGGAUUAUCGAAAAAUUCCAAUCAAAGUGGAUCCCAAUUGGAAAAUGCAGUCGAACCCAUGUCAGGCACUGAUCGUCCGUGAGCCAAUACCUCUUUGGUGGUGGUGA